GGAUGUUCCGUGGAAAAUCAGCCCCGAGGAAAUAUCGCACGGCCCCAGGAAGUUGCUGCGGCCCGGCGAAGUUGCCCGGCGUUGCUGGCCGUGGAAAUUCAACCCAAACAGAUUUCUAGCAGAGCAAUGCUAUAGCUUGCGGCGCAAGGGCAACACAGCGGCAGCGUCGGUCCAAGUGCACAUUAUCAGUGGUGUACGACACGAAAAGUAAACAAAUUUCAACAUAAGUUCAACGACAGAUAGGCAACAUUAUCGACCACUACCACCACGCCCAGUCACGCCCCGGAGUGUGUGUCCUUUUAUUGGUUCGAUCGUGCGAAGGACUCUGAUGCGAAGCCCACGACGGUAGUUCGUAGCAGAGUAGCAGCCGGCGCGCACCAGCGAGUGACGUCACUGCACAUCGACACCGCAGCAGCAACGUUCGUUCGGCAAGCUCUGUAUGUCGAUCGUAGUACACAUCGGCCAACGAGUGUUGCACAGUGACGGUGAUCCUCGUUACCGCAACAGCAGCAGCAGCUGCAGCUAGCGAACGGUGCCGGGAAAUCCUACCGCAAUUGUCCCAAACUCCCGCCGGGGUGCGAAAAAGCGGACCUCGGAACUACUCCAUCGAGUAAGCCGAGUUUGAGCCGAGUGUGACACCUCCGACGAUUUGAUUCCAAGGCUUGCCACAGCGGUCUCGCUGUGAAGCUCCCCGCGAUACCUCGCGGCCACUUCCUACAUUGCCCUGCCAGCGGUUUCCAGGCAGGACACGAAUGCGAAUAACGUUCCUGUUUGAGCUACUGUUCCAGGAGGCGGCGGCCAACGGAGGGCACGCGAACGGGCAAUCAUCAGCGGCGUCAUCUUCGUCGUCCGGAAGUGGCAACAUGGUGAAAACGUUCCAAGCGUACCUGCCGUCGACGAACCGAACGUACUCCUGUGUCCACUGCCGGGCACACCUAGCUAGUCACGAUGAGCUUAUAUCAAAAUCGUUCCAGGGCAGCCAGGGACGGGCUUAUCUGUUCAAUUCGGUGGUUAACGUUGCGUGCGGUCAGGCCGAAGAGCGCGUCCUCUUAACGGGCCUACAUGCCGUGGCCGACAUCUACUGUGAAUGCUGCAAAACGCCGCUCGGGUGGAAAUAUGAACAUGCCUUUGAGUCGAGCCAGAAGUACAAGGAAGGCAAGUACAUUAUCGAGCUGGCGCACAUGAUCAAGGAGAAUGGCUGGGAUUGAUUCGCGUCGCCGACGCGGCGCACCAGAAGUGAUAGUAAUAGCAGUAGCGGCGGUAGCUCGUCGGCGAUCAAUUAGACUGUAACCGAAAUCACUAACACGUGCGUGCGUCGUGUGUCCUCGUUGAUCCUCAGCCACCACCACCACCACCAUCAGCAGCGGCUGGGCAGCGGUGAUCAUCGAUACCAACCAAUCGAGUACCGAUUUGUCUUUUUAGGUGGAGAGUUAGAGGGAGAUCAAGUGCAAUUUUUUGCACAAAGCUUCGUGACCCUUCUGCACGGGACGGCUGGCUGGAACGGCCGGAAAGGGCGGCCAACGCAGCGAACUCGAUCCUUCAAUUUGAUCUAGUUUCUCGAACAUCAUCAAGCGGUUUGACGGUAGCGCGUAUUCCUUUUCCGUCGCGGUAGGUCCGAUCCGGAGUCUGCUCCAACGAGAGCUCCUGGAAUCGUUCCCUCCGGCUCAAUUUUACCCUAAGGGAUGAGACAGAGAGCGAAAGAUUUAGAGAGUUCACUAUUGUUUUUAAUCCGUACACACCGUGCUGUACGCGAUCCGUUUCCCGGUUUUACGGUUCCUUACGUUUCGAAACUGCCCUUGCGUUUUUGAAAAGAUGAUGAUCUUGAGUUUCAUGUGGGUGGUUUGUCCCAUGUUCUUGCCGCGUUCCUUGUGCAAGGAUGCGGCAGCUGUUUUCGAUCUGCGCCAUUGUUUUCGCCGGUAACAAAAUGCCUCGAUGCGUUGCAACUCGGGCCGGCAAAGUUUUGGGCCACUUUUGGUAGAGGGGGGGUUUGUAGAUACGUGUUUAAUGCGUGUAUGUGCGACGAUGUAGUAUGUGAGUACAUGAGCGCGAGAGUGAUAUUAGAAUUAUAGGCAUACCAGGCGGGAGAGAUUGUUACAGCAAAAAAAAACAUGAAAAGUCAUCAAAAAGCAACACAAAAAAUAUUUAAAAAGCGAAGCAGAAAACACAUAGAGGCCGCCGGGGAGAAUCAGCCGCGCGCGCUCGUCCGAGCGGGUUCGCGAAGCGCGAAUCCAACCGAACCAGGGCGGGACGCAAAAAUCGUAUUUUAGUCGAAAUAUACACACGGAUUAAGGAGUAGAUUUAGUUUUUACGGUAAUAAACGAAAACCGCGAAUCGGUAUGCGAAUGUGUGUGGUCUGUGUGAUAGGCGAGAUAAUGCAAGCGCGAGUGAGGAGAACAAUGGAAGGGAUAGUGUGCAACGGUCGAGAUGAAUGGAUUGAUCAGCGUAGGUAUCAGAUUGCAGGAAAGUAAUAAAAAAGUGGUUUACCUCCCCCUAUACCAGUGCCCAGGAGAAACGAAAGCGCAAUAGAACCCAACAACGGCAAAACAGAGAGAAAGUAACACGAAAAUAUGUCAGCGAAACAAACUUUCAUGAAACAUGCUUUAACAGAUUACACGCAUGAUUGACGUUAAUUUUUCACGACACUAUCCCCCCGGCCGGGUUUCUUGGUUUGGUUGGCACGUCCCUCGGUUCCCGGUCCUUUUUCGAUAGCGAAUGUGAUUGAAUAGUUAAUAGAUUUUUUAAUAAAAAAGUAACAGGAAAACCCAAGCACAGGAAAUGACCGGAGAAGCAAAAAAAAGCAAACACAUUGACCGCUCAUCAUUAUCACACAUAGAACCCACAGAAAGAGAGCAAGAGAAAGAGAGAGAG